AACUUAAAAGGAAGCUGAAUAUUCUGACUCGUCCUAGUGGCAUUUCAGUGGACAAUGCUAAAUUUGAUGGACCUUUGUUACAGAUUUUAUUUAUGAACAAUGUAAUUUCUAAACGGUAUCAUCAAGAAAUUGAAGAUUUUGUUUUUAAUUUAGUUCAGAAAUACGAAGAGCAGAAGAGAGGUGAACAAGAAAAAACGCACUUCAAUGUUAAACCACAGCCCUCCAGUGUUCUUUUGGAAGAAGACUGUAAAACAGCAAGCUCGAAUUCUGUUAAAAAAAUUAAAGAAGCUUUUAGUGUUGUAGGAAGUGUUCUGUAUUUUACCAAUUUUUGUCUCGAUAAACUGGGACAGCCUAUAUUAAAUGAGAAUCCACAGCUGACAGAAGGAUGGGAAAUACCUAAAUAUCAGCAAGUUUUCAGCCAGAUUCUCUCCCUAGAAGGACAAGAAAUACAAGUAAAACCAAAAAGGCCAAAACCGCAUUGUUUCAAUUGUGAUUCUGAAGACCAUCAAAUGAAAGACUGUCCAAAGCCACGAAAUGCAGCUCGUAUAAGUGAGAAGAGAAAGGAGUUUAUGGAAGCUUGUGGUGAAGCGAGCAAUCAGAAUUUUCAGCAGCGUUAUCAUGCAGAAGAAGUAGAAGAGAGGUUUGGAAAAUUUAAACCAGGAGUGAUUAGUGGGGAACUUCAAGAAGCACUUGGUGUCACAGAUAAGAGUCUUCCUCCGUUUAUAUAUCGCAUGCGUCAGCUGGGUUAUCCUCCAGGUUGGCUGAAGGAGGCUGAAAUGGAGUACUCAGGGCUUGCACUUUACGAUGGAAAAGAUGAUGGUGGAACAGAAGGUGAAGGAUCUUGUCAACCAAAACGCAUCACUUAUGAUGUCUCUAAGUUGAUAAACUAUCCAGGCUUUAAUAUAUCCACUCCAAGUGGGAUCCCAGAUGAGUGGCAGAUAUUUGGUUCCAUCCCAAUGCAGCCGUCUCAACAGAAGGAUGUUUUUGCUAACUAUCUUUCUAAUAUUCAUGCGCCAAGUCCAAAAUUUAGCAAUAAAAGGGCUGCAUCUCAGUCAAGCUCUCAUCAUUCAAAACGACCAAAACAAGACAAUUUGAAGGUACCAGCAGCUGACAUGGACCUAGAUUCUGAUCCAGAAGCAUCACAAAGAUCUCAAAGUCGUAACAGCUUUCAGUUCCAACCUCCGCUCCCACCUGGACGUCCAUCGAUGUCAACUCCUCCUCCUUUACCCACAGGAACACCUCCACUAAGUAUUACAUCAGCUCAGCCUUCCACACCCACCCGCCCUCCUCUUCCUAGGACUACUCCACUGUUGACUCCUUCCAGUGAUAUUCCUCAGCCAAAAAUAGUGGACUCGGUUAUGGAUGAGGAUACUCUGACCUUGGAAGAGCUGGAGGAACAGCAGCGAUUAAUCUGGGCAGCAUUAGAGCAGGCAGAAAGCACAAACAGUGACUCUGAUAUUCCUGUUGAUACACCUUUAACUGGAAAUUCCGUUACAUCAUCACCAUCUAGGAACGAAGUAGAUGUUGUUGCAGAAGUAAGACCAUCUGAUAACGUGAUUACAGUGGAAACUAGGCUUUCUGACAUCGGUGAACAGACACCAGAAAAUGAACAUUCUAUAACCAGUCUUAAUCCAGGGGAUAGUUUACUGAAGGAAAAUCCUGAUAAUACAGAUUCUGAAGGCUUGCUGGAUAACACCAUGCCUGCUCCCAACCGUGAGGUUAAUAGUGGAGAAAAUACAGGUGGUAAUAAAGUGGUCACAAAGAUUGAAUCAUCUGCAAAAAACUCCAGUCUUGUUCCUGAUAUGAGCAAGUUUGCUGAAGGCAUAACACCAUUUGAAUUUGAAAAUAUGGCAGAAUCAACAGGUGUUUAUCUACGAAUAAGAAGCGUGUUAAAAAAUUCCCCAAGAAACCAGCAAAAGAAAAAGACUUAAUUUUACUGGUCUUCCUUUGUUUCAUAAUGUCCAAAUCCCUGCUUCCUUCUGUCUCCUUAAAUUUUACGAACUCGGAUAGCCUUCCUCAUCCUUUUGUGGGAAGGAGAAAAUCUUGACAAAUACAGCUCUGCCCCGUUUUUCCUUGGGACCGAAGUCAGUGCAGGGCUUCCAUGUUGACCAGGACCACCAAUGCGGCCAGAAAAUGUAUAGGAGCUUUCCCAAAUUGUAUCCUUCCACUAAGGAAUAACAGGACUGUUGAUUUGUUAAGAGCAAUUUCCUUGCCAAUACAUGAAACUGUAAAAAAAAAAAAAAAGAGUUUGUGGUUUCCUGUUCAUUACUUUGGCUAAAUUUAUAUUGUUUUCCAGUUUCAGGUGGAUUGGUGAUUUUUAAAAUAUCUGUCCUUUGUACAAUAGUCUAUACUUUAUACAUUUUGCUAAUUAUCCUGUAGAUAAGUUUAAUAUAUUCAGAAGGUUUUUAGAAAGGUCUAACAUUAAGAUUUCCCACAUCAAAAUCCUGACAAUUGGAUGAAAAUAAUCAGGGAUUACCAGCAUUAUUUUCACCAUUUCAAAUAUUUUUAUAAAUUAUUUAUGUGGGUCAAUUUUAAUUACCACUGUAUCUUUUGUAACAACAUCCUUCAUGUAAACUUGCUGUACAUACGUGUUCGUUGUUGUGUACAGAGGUUUAAUAAAUGAGUUUUUAUAUAAAGAA